UGUUUGCCGUGACGUCAGAGGAGCCGAGGGUCACAUGGCCGCCGGGAGGCUCCGUCUGGAAAAUCUUAUGGAAUAACACACUUGGGCUAAUAAUAUUUUUUUUUUUUUUUUUUAACGAAACAAACGCCCUUUUGGUCUUUAAUGUGUGUAUCAGAGCUGCACAGAGGUAGGCUGGCUCUCCGGACCCGGUGGAUAUAAACUCAAAGCCGCUCAGUAUGGAGACCUGCUGGAUGUUUACGGACUCUUUCUCCCACCAGGAAGCUCCCAGACUGCCGCUUUAUUCCUGUAGUUAGCAGCUGGCGUCUAAAUUACACAUGUGCCUUAAUUUAUUCGUUUUUUAAAGAGGCUUCGUGUUUUAAGUAGCACGAAACAAGUGUGUUUUUUUUAAUAGCUAACUCUCCGACGCGCUUUUAACCGUUACAACCCGUUAAUAACCCGGUUAUACAACCGACGUUAGCCAGCUACAAACCGUCCAGCAGUGCCUCUUUACCGGGAACAGCCCUCCGAGGACAUGCCCGGGAUUUAACUCUCUCUGGUAAACUUUGACACCGUUUUCAUCGGAAAAAUGAAGUCGUCUCUGGCUCCCGGGAUACGACUUAUUACUGCCUUCUCUCGAGAUAGUUGGUACCGCGGUUUCAUUCUUUUCCUCACCUUCCUCUUCUACACGGCCUACCAUCUGUCACGGAAACCUAUCAGCAUUGUUAAGAGUGAGCUGCACAAAAACUGCUCCACAGUCAUUCGGCCAGCAGACCUCAACAUAACCAACAAUGAGACUUGGUGUGAUUGGGCGCCUUUUGACCAGGAGAACUACAAGACGCUGUUUGGGGUCUUGGAUAACUCCUUCCUGGUUGCUUACGCCAUCGGCAUGUUCUUCAGUGGGAUAUUUGGAGAGCGCCUGCCUCUGCGGUACUAUCUUAGUUUUGGGAUGCUCAUGAGUGGAUUGUUCACAUGUCUGUUUGGCCUUGGUUACUACUGGGACAUCCACUCAUUAGGGUACUACGCCUUCGUUCAGGUCAUGAACGGGCUGAUGCAGACCACCGGAUGGCCAGCAGUGGUGGCUUGUGUUGGCAACUGGUUCGGAAAGGGGAAGCGUGGCUUCAUCAUGGGUGUGUGGAACUCACACACCUCAGUGGGAAACAUCUUGGGCUCCCUCAUCGCAGGAGUCUUUGUGUCCUCUGCGUGGGGAAUGUCCUUCAUCGUCCCUGGACUCAUCAUCGCCUCCACAGGGAUCCUGUGCUUCUUCUUCCUGGUUGAGAAACCUGAAGACGUCAACUGCAGUCCCCCUCAGCACCACAGCGAAGAGGAGAAUGGAGAGACGGAGCCCCUCCUGCAUAACUCGUCCCAUGCUGACAGAACCGUUAAUGGUGCCAUCACCACAGAGCCUGUGGAGGUCGUUGAGGAGCACGCACAGGCCAUCAGCUUCUGCGGGGCUCUUAGUAUACCUGGAGUGGUGGAGUUUUCUCUCUGCCUGCUGUUCGCCAAGCUGGUCAGCUACACUUUCCUUUACUGGCUUCCUCUCUACAUCUCAAAUGUUGCACAUUUUGAUGCCAAAGACGCGGGAGACUUGUCCACACUAUUUGAUGUAGGAGGAAUUGUGGGAGGCAUCACGGCGGGCCUUGUGUCCGACUACAUUGGUGGAAGAGCAACAACUUGCUGCGUCAUGCUGCUCGCUGCUGGUCCAAUGCUUUUCCUCUAUAAUUACAUCGGACAGAGCAGCAUUGGUACUACAGUCGGUAUGCUGCUGGUGUGUGGAGGUCUAGUGAACGGACCGUACGCCCUCAUCACUACUGCUGUAUCUGCUGACCUGGGAACACAUGAGAGUCUGAGAGGAAACUCCAGGGCGUUGUCAACGGUGACAGCGAUUAUUGACGGCACUGGUUCAGUUGGAGCUGCGGUGGGUCCGCUGUUAGCUGGUGUGAUCUCUCCCACUGGCUGGAACAACGUCUUCUACAUGCUGAUCUCUGCCGACGUCUUGGCCUGCCUGUUUUUGUCCAGGCUUGUGUAUAAAGAAGCUCAGGGAUGGUGUGGACGUACGCCCCGAGUUAGGGGGUUCAAAGAAAUCUGAAACACUCACACAAUCAAACCAGGACCCAAACACAGAAAACAGAGGAACAAUGCCGAAACCGACCUCAGUGUGAAGUGGACGACCUCUUUCCGUUCAUGCGUAAUGGAAACCAGCAGAGCCACCAGUGGAAGAUUCAGGGCACUAAAGUGACGAUUGAAGCCUUCUUCUUAUUGUAAAUCAGAGAAUUAUGUCUUUAUGGAGACAACGCCUUUUAUAUGACUAAUCUGCUCAUACUAACUUGUUUUAAAUAUUCUUUUAUCAUUAAAAGUGUACAUACUG